CACAGCAGUCGGGUGUUCAGUGUGUAGCAGUUUGAGUUCUGGCGAGGAAAUCCAUUUUCUCCACUUGUUAUUUCUCGCAUUGCAACGAUGUACACGCUGUUCGUGGUGGCGGUGGCCUGUAUUGCGGCCGUCGCCGGUCAAGCGGAUCCGCUGUGCCCGCCGGUCAAUCAGCCGGUCAAUCUGAAUAAUGAGGACCACAGUCAGCAGACGGUCUGCCAUGAUUACGGCCGCAUCCGGACGGAUUUCAAACUGACUUGCGACUGGGAGAAUUAUGAUUUUAAACUGGAGCUGGUGUCGACCGGCGCCCUGCUGGCGGCCGACAUGACGCCCCAGGAUCCCAGUGUCCACAUUAAUACCGGCCGCGGCUUCACCGGCAACGAGAAGAUCAUCGUGCCACUGACGGCGGAUGAGAAGAGCAGCUGUCCCAAUCCCAACGUCAUCGGCAGUCGCAGCCAGCAGAUCCCCUUCGUCCAGCGCACACCGCAGCUCAGCGCCAGCUCCCGGCUGGAAUUCGUCAACGGUAACCUGUACUAUAAGACCUCCGUGGAGGUCGUGGAGACGUACGAUACGCAGAGCUGUCAGGCUCGCGAGAAAUACCGUACCCGCGUUAAUCUGGAGUGCUGUCUGCUGCGCGAGACCCACCCCGAGGAAAUCAUCCCUCCCAUCCACGAUUACUGCAACCUGACCUACUGCCAGGAUCCCGGUGAAUGGACGUGCGAGUGCGUGUUCGACCAGCUCAGCGGCGCCUGGGUCCUCUCCUGCCUGCCCAAGAGCGGCUACCUAUGGAGCCAGCUGCUCAGUGCCGGUCUGUCUUUCCAGGCCUCGCAUCUCCAGGCCUUCCCGCUCUCCGCCCAGGCCCAAGCCGGCGUGACACCCUCACCGCAGUUGACCUUUAUCCGUGACGCCGUGCCCAUUAGUGUAUCACCGGAACUGGAAUUCGGUCAGCUGAACACGGGGGCCCGCAAUCCGCCGGAGCCCUGGCGACGGGCCUACACCGUCAAUCCCUUCGCCUUCCACAGUGACCACGAGACGGGGGUGGUGAUGUUCCGCGCCCUGCUGCAGUUCUGCCGGGAGACCUCCGUGGAUCCCCGCUUCCCCAGCUGCGCACCGCCCCGCUAUAAGACCGUCAAGGGUUAACGCAGCGAUCUGUUCCAUAUAGCCUCUGAUUGUUGAGCACUGUAUAACUUUAUCGCACACUCUGUAUGACAUGGAUAAUAUGCAGUCAUGAAUGUAAUGGUCAAUGCGCCAAGUGCACUUGUGAACACACAAUUGUCACGAAUGAUCCGUUGAUAAGACAAUAAAUUUGCGGCAAAAUAUGCCGGAAUGGA